AUGCAGCAGCCACAGCACAUCCGGAAGACAGCGUGUCACACCAUGUCACAGCACCCCACCCUUCAGUCUAACAUCCUUUCCUCCCUAAGUCUUGCCAAAGCGAAGGCCUUGGAAACCAAACAAGGCAGUGUUGAAAGCCAUCUGCAGCCACAAAAAGAUGAUCCAAUCCACAUGUCACCCAUCCUUCAGGGGCCCAAGACUCUGGGGCUCCAGAGGCAGCCCAAAUCCCCUCCAAAAAGCAUACACAGGAGAAACAAGCUUGACCACUGUCUCAUCAUCAAAUUCCCCCUGACCACUGAGUCAACCAUGAAAAAGAUAAAAGAAAACAACACACUUGCGUUCAUUGAGGAUGCCAAGGCCAACAAGCAUCAGAUCAAACAGGCUGUGAGGCAGUUCUGUGACACUGGUGGGGCCAAAGUCAACACCCCGCUAAGGCCUGAAGGAGAGAAGCCAGCAUAUGUUCAGAUGGCCCCUCAUUAUGAUGCUCUGGAUGUUGCCAGCAAAAUUGGAAUCAUCUAA